AUGGCUAAUCUAACUCUCAAAGAGAUGGUUGCACCAACCGUUGACCAACAACCUUUAUGCAUUCGAUACAAUGAUACAAUAGGGGGAGCUUUUGAGCUUAAAUCUGGGAUGAUUCAUCUUCUACCAAUUUUCAGAGGUUUAGCAGGAGAGGAUCCAAACAAGCACCUCAAGGAGUUCCAUGUGGCGUGCUCGAGUAUGAAACCAAAUGGAACAAUGGAGGAACAAGUGAAGUUAAGGGUGUUUCCAUUUUCUUUAGCAGAUAGUGCUAAGGAAUGGCUUUAUUACCUACCAUCCGGGACCAUAACUACUUGGAAUGAGAUGAAGAGGUUGUUCUUGGAGAAGUAUUUUCCAGCAUCUCGAGCCACACUCAUUAGGAAAGAAAUUUGUGGGAUUUGGCAAUACAAUGGGGAAAACUUAUAUGAAUAUUGGGAAAAGUUUAAGAAAUUGUGUGCUAGCCGUCCGCAUCAUCAAAUAAGUGAGCAAUUACUUCUCCAAUAUUUUUAUGAGGGAUUGAUGCCAAUGGAGAGGAGCAUGAUAGAUGCAGCAAGUGGAGGAGCAUGUGAUAAAACUCCUACAGAAGCAAGGAACUUAAUUGCAACCAUGGCGGCAAACUCUCAACAAUUUGGUACUCGAUUCGAUCCACCACCAAGGAAGGUAAAUGAAGUGGGGAUAUCCAAUAAUCUUGAACAAAAAUUGAAUAAUUUGACUGCACUUGUGCAACAAAUUGCAAUUGGACAAGUGAAGACUUGUGGAAUUUGCUCCAAUCAAGAGAAUCUCAAGUUCCAACAAGAAACAAAAAUGUCAAUCAAGAAUUUGGAAAGCCAAGUUAGUCAAUUGGCUAGUAUUCUUGGAAGAUUAGAUGCGCAUGGGUCUGGAAAGCUUCCUUCCCAACCUUUGGUUAACCCUAGGGAGAAUGCUAGUGCCAUUACUUUGAGAAGUGAAAAUUUGCCAACCGAUUCUUCUAAUGCAAAACAUCCACCUAAGGUACAAUCUAAAGUUCCUAUUAAUACUUACAAACCUCCUUUGCCUUUUCCUAGCAGGUUUGCCACAUCAAAGAAGGAGGAACAUGAACAAGAAAUUUUGGACACUUUUAGAAAAGUACAUGUCAACAUUCCUUUGUUGGAUGCAAUAAAGCAAGUGCCGCGUUAUGCGAAAUUUCUUAAGGAAUUGUGCACCAACAAGAGAAAACUGAAGGGAAACGAGGUGGUGAGCGUGGGAGAAAAUGUCAGUGGUUUGCAAAGGAAGCUUCCAACAAAGUGCAAAGAUCCGGGUAGUUUCACCAUACCAUGCGUCAUAGGCAACACAAGGUUUGAGAAAGCAAUGUUGGACUUAGGUGCUUCUAUUAAUGUCCUGCCUUACUCAAUUUUUGAUUUAAAUCUUGGUACUCUUAAAGAGACCGGCGUAGUUAUUCAACUCGCUGAUCGAUCUAAUGCCUAUCCAAAGAGAGUUGUGGAAGAUGUUUUGGUGUAGGUAAACGAGCUUGUUUUUCCAGUGGAUUUCUACGUGCUUGACAUGAAAGAUGAAACAACUGUGAAAACCACGCCAUAGCUUUUGGGGAGACCAUUCAUGAAAAUAGCCCGUAUGAAAAUAGAUAUGCAUAAUGGGACAUUAACAAUGGAGUUUGAUAGGGAAGGCAUUCAAUUUAACAUCUUUGACACAAUGAGGUAUCCUAAUGAUGACAAUGAUUGCUUUUCCAUUGAUUUACUUGAUUCUUUAACGCAGCAAAUGUUCGAGCUUAAGGGUAAAGAUCCAUUGGAAGUGGCAAUAUGGAAUGGGUUAUCAACCGAGGAACCUCAAAGUUUUAAUGAAGAUGUAGAGUUGGGAGAAGAGCUAAAUGAAACUAUAGCAAUGUUGGAUGAGCUUCCAAAGAAAAAUCCAAGGUAUGAAAUCUCCUAUAUUUCUCUUCCCAUAUCUAAUGAGAAACUUUUACCUUCCAUUAUGCAAGCCCCUACCUUGGAGCUUAAGCCUUUACCAAGUCAUCUCAAGUAUUUAUACUUGGGAGAAGGAGACACAUUGCACGUGAUUGUAGCGGCCAACCUUUCAAAGGUGCAAGAAGAGAAACUUGUUCGUGUGUUGAGAGAGUACAAAACGGCAAUUGGUUGGACAAUUACUGACAUUAAAGGAAUAAGUCCUUCCAUGUGCAUGCACCGCAUAUUAUUAGAGGAAGGAUCGAAGCCUACAAGAGAAGCGUAAAGACGAAUGAAUCCACCAAUGAUGGAAGUAAAAUCUGGAAUAACUGUGGUAAAGAAUGAAGAUAAUGACUUAGUUCCCACUCGCAUUCAAACGGGAUGGCGCAAGCUCAAUGCCAUAACGCACAAAGAUCAUUUUCCUCUUCCAUUUAUAGAUCAAAUGCUUGAACGUUUAGCGGGCCAUUCUCACUAUUGUUUUCUUGAUGGAUUUUCAGGUUAUAAUCAAAUUGUGAUUGCACCGGAAGAUCAAGAGAAGACGACGUUUACAUGCCCUUUGGGCACUUUUGCUUAUCGACGCAUGCCAUUUGACCUUUGUAAUGUACCAGCCACCUUUCAAAGGUGCAUGGUAAGUAUUUUCUCCGAUUACAUAGAGAACAUUAUAGAGCUGUUUAUGGAUGAUUUUAGUGUCUAUGGGAACUCAUUUGAUAAUUGUUUGGGUAAUUUGGCAUUAGUUUUUAAAAGAUGCAUAGAAACGAAUCUCGUUUUAAAUUGGGAAAAAUGUCAUUUUAUGGUAAAUCAAGGGAUAGUUUUAGGGCAUAUUAUCUCAUCUAGGGGGAUUGAAGUUGAUAAAGCUAAAAUAGAUCUUGUACAUUCCUUACCAGCUCCCACUUGUGUGAGAGAGGUACGUUCUUUUCUUGGACAUGCAGGAUUUUAUAGGAGAUUUAUCAAGGAUUUCUCCAAGAUCGCAAGGCCCUUAUGCUGUUUGUUACAAAAAGAGGUAGCGUUUGAGUUCAAUGAAGAGUGUAUAAAGGCGUUUAAGAAAUUAAAAGAACUCCUAACCACAGCCCGAAUUAUUCAGCCACCCAAUUGGAGUCUUCCAUUCGAGUUGAUGUGCGACACAAGCAAUUAUGCCAUUGGAGCCGUGUUAGGACAACGAGUUGGAAAGUUACCACACGCCAUUUAUUAUGCUUCAAGAACAUUGAAUGACACUCAACUUAACUACUCCAUAAUUGAGAAAGAACUUUUGGCCGUUAUUUUUGCAUUAGAAAAGUUUCGUUCUUAUCUAAUUGGCACUAAAGUUACUGUUUUUUCUAACCAUGCAGCUCUUAGGUAUUUGCUUAUGAAUAAGGAGGCUAAACCAAGGCUUAUAAGGUGGAUUCUAUUGCCAGAGUUUAACCUAACAAUUAAAGACAAAAGAGGGAGCGAGAAUGUUGUAGCAGACCAUUUAAGUAAGUUGAUAAAUCGAGAAGAUGCUCUUCCAUUGAAAGAUGAUUUUCCAGAUGAACAAUUACUUGCGAUGACAUCCUCGAGACCAUGGUAUGCAGAUAUAGUAAAUUACAUAGUGACCAAGAGAACCCCACCCAACAUGUCACAUGGUAGCAAGGACAAACUGAAGAAGAUCGCCAAACAAAACGUGUGGGAUGAUCCAUAUCUUUGGAAAUAUUGCCCCAACCAAAUCAUAAGAAGGACAGCAUAUAAGACACCAAUUAGAAUGUCCCCAUUCCGAAUGGUUUAUGGUAAACCAUGUCACCUUCCCGUUGAAUUAGAGCAUAGAGCCUAUUGGGCAAUUAAGCAAUGCAAUAUGAAACUAGACGCAACGGGAGAACAACGGAAAUUGCAAUUGAAUGAACUUGAGGAGAAACGGAAUGAAGCUUAUGAAAGUUCAUGCAUUUACAAGGACAAAACAAAGGCCUUCCAUGAUAGAAUGAUCCAGCGAAAGCAUUUUGAAGCUGGACAAAAAGUUCUUCUAUUCCAUUCACAUCUUAAACUUUUUCCUGGUAAGUUAAGUUCCCGUUGGGUUGGUCCUUUUGUGAUUACUAAUGUUUUUCCCAAUGGUGCAGUGGAAAUUAAGAGAAUGAAGACCGGGAAAGAUUUCAAGGUCAAUGGCCAUCGUCUAAAGCCAUACUAA